GUGAGGCAGGGUUGACUCGCUUUCCCCGCUCCAGUUUAGAGGCCAUCUUUAGAGCCCGUGGGCCUGUAGCAGAGAUCCGGAGACUCGCGGUCACUACGCGCAGGCUCUGCCGCUGCAGGGUGAGCCUAAAGCGGCCGCACUGGCUAGAGCACCCCGCUGAAGGAGCUGGAGCUGCAUGGCGCUGUGAGUGAGGAUGGCCACCGCAGCGUCAUGGCGACCCCUGGUUCCCAUCAACUCCACUGUCAAGGAGGAGACAGCAAACCACUUCAGAAGUGUAAUGACGGUGAACUCACGUCUGGUCCGACUGGUCUGGUCAUCCAGCAUGUGCGAGACUGGCUGAGACGAGGGCUGGGGCUGGAUGCUGUUUAUGUAUUUCUGUGGUGUUGCUGAAGAGGACCUCGGCGCAGGUUCGCACCGCACUCGACAGAGUGGAGCUUCCUGACCCAUGGAGAAUUACUUCCAGGCUGAGGCCUUUAACCUGGACAAGGUUCUGGACGAGUUUGAGCAGAACGAAGAUGAAACGGAUACCCCCACUCUUUCGGAUGCUAAGUGGACCCAGAUUCUUGCCCCGCCGGCUCACCUCCUGUCCCUGAACCCUGCUUUGACCCACGCUGACCUCAGCCCACGUGAUAGCCCUAUUAACUUCAAGCCUCUGUUGGAGCCGCCGAGCUCUGGCGGCUCCUCUCUGGCGGAGGUCACUGGGCCAGAUGCGAAACAAGGUCCUGGGCUUCCGCCAGAGGUUUGGAAUGAAGAACGGCCACAGGACGUCCACAGUCCCCCUUUGCUUCAACCCAACAUUGGCAAGCUGGUAAGUGCUGACGGCCAAACUUUGGAGUCUCCACCUUUCACUAGGGUGACGCUUGAGAACGGGUGUCCAUCUGUUCCGAGUUGCAACGGACUUACCGAGAUUCCUCAGCCCAGUGAUGUUCCAGGUCCUCCUGCCGCAGAUCAGCCCAGCCCUCUGGGAUUGGGUCCUGGUACCCAUAGGGAUCAGCAGGAUGAUCUUGCUGAGGGGGACAGUGCCUCUUUCAAUGAUGCUCAUUUCUCAUUUCCUGAGGAAAGACCUCAGCAGCUGGGUUUGAAGAAUGGUGCUUCACCAGCUGAGAUGGAGACUAUAGGGACAAGCAAAGUUGAUGAUGGGUUAUCUGUUGGUGUCCUGGAAACUGGAAGAGUGGAGGGUAAUUUUGGGCUUCCGGAAGGGGGCAGUUCUGAGACAGUUUUGCAAGUGGCUGGUAAUGGCACUCAAGAACUGGUGGCAGACCAAGAGUGUCCAAUGGGUGCCUUUCAGAAUGGUAACAAAAGUGAGGAGAAGGACAGCUGGGAUAUGCAUCAGAGAGGAAAAGCAAUGAAGAAUCCAGAGGAUUCUUGUGUAGUUGAGUCACCACAGGCUGAGAGAUCGGAGCCCAAUGGUGUGGUCGAGGGACAUGACAGACAAAGACCUAUGCGGCAUCCAGCCCCUUCCAAGGAGGACUCUGUGACCGAAGAGAAGGAGAUGGAGGAGAGCAAGCAGGAAUGCUGCGAGCCUGGCCGAGGAUCAGAAGUUAGUGGAGGAGGGAGCAAACUCAACAACGGUCGCCUGCAGCUGGUCAGUGUUCCCUAUGGUGGCGCAAGGCCCAAGCAACCUGUCGGCCUAAAGUUGCAGAUACCCCGGCCUCUCUCGGGACAAGUCCAAAAUGAGCUUGGUUCUACUGGCAGGAACAAGAACCUGGAGGCCCAGUGCCGGACGGAUGGCCUUGAAACUUCUUGUGGGGGUGUGGACUCUGGGGCUGGGAGGACGAAUGGGGAAAGUGUUGAAAGUUCCUCAGGCCUGCACGUUCCCUCAGAGAACCCGGACAAUGAUCUCCAGGCAGGCCAGCAGGGAGCUCUCUCUCGGAAGCCCUUCAACUCCCUGGGGGAAGUGGCUCCUGUGUGGGUGCCGGACUCUCAAGCACCCAUCUGCAUGAAGUGCGAGGUCAAGUUCACCUUCACCAAGAGAAGGCACCACUGCCGAGCCUGCGGCAAGGUGUUCUGUGCUGCGUGCUGUAGUCUGAAGUGCCGGCUCAUGUACAUGGACAGGAAGGAGGCGCGGGUCUGUGUGACCUGUCACCACGCCCUGAUGAACGCUCAGUCAUGGGAGAACUUGGUCAGCAGCUCUAAUCAGAGCCCGAACCCCAACAACCCGGCGGAGUACUGCUCCACCAUCCCGCCCCUGCAGCAGGCGCAGGCGUCCGGCGCCCUCAGCUCGCCACCGCCGACCGUUAUGGUGCCCGUCGGUGUCCUCAAACAGCCUGGCACUGAGGGUUCUCUUCCCCGUGAGCAGAGACGAGUGUGGUUUGCUGAUGGGAUUCUACCCAACGGAGAAACUGCGGACUCCACUAAAGCACCUGCUCCAAACCCCAGCCAGUCGCAGCCUCUGACUGUGUCCCAGUACUCCAACAAGUCCACAGCGGUCAGCGCGCAUGAGGCAGCCCAUGCCCCUGGAGCUCCGACGGGCAGCCCCGUAGGCAGCUCGGUCAGUUUGAUCCCGGAGGACGGCCUUCCUCCCAUCCUCAUCUCCACUGGCGUCAAAGGAGGUACGGGAGGCCACAUCUCAGAUUACGCCGUGGAGGAAAGGCCAUCGGAGAUCCUGUUACUGCAGCAGCUGGAGGAGGGGGGCCCGGACCCUCUGGUGUUCGUUCUGAACGCCAACCUGCUGGCCAUGGUCAAACUGGUCAACUAUGUAAACAGGAAGUGCUGGUACGUGACGACGAAGGGCAUGCACGCGGUGGGUCAGGCGGAGGUGGUGGUGUUACUGCAGUGCCUCCCGGAUGAGAAGAGCAUUCCAAAGGACGUUUUCAGCCACUUUGUGCAGCUCUAUCAGGAGGCCCUCACAGGGAACGUGCUGUGCCACCUGGGUCACUCAUUCUUCACUCAGAGCUUUCUGGGCAGUAAGGAGCACGGAGGGUUCCUCUACAUCAGCCCCACCUUCCAGUCCCUGCAGGACCUGCCCCUGCCCAACCCACCCUACCUCUUCGGCGUCCUGGUGCAGAAGUGGGAGACGCCCUGGGCCAAAGUCUUCCCCAUCCGCCUCAUGCUGCGCCUGGGGGCCGAGUACAGAUUCUACCCCUGCCCCCUGUUCAGCGUGCGCUUCAGAAAACCUCUGUUUGGAGAAACUGGUCAUACCAUCAUAAACCUGCUGGCGGAUUUCCGGAACUACCAGUACACAUUACCGGUGGUCAGAGGGCUGGUUGUGGAUAUGGAAGUGAAGAAGACCUGCAUUAAGAUACCCAGCAAUCGCUACAAUGAGCUCAUGAAGGCCAUGAACAAGUCCAAUGAGCACGUGCUGGCUAUGGGCGCGUGCUUUAACGAGCGGGCGGACUCUCAUCUCGUCUGUGUGCAGAACGAUGACGGAAACUACCAGACGCAGGCCAUCAGCAUUCAUCACCAGCCUCGCAAAGUGACGGGCGCCUGCUUCUUUGUGUUCAGUGGAGCUCUGAAGGCCUCGUCGGGCUACUUGGCGAAGACCAGCAUUGUUGAAGAUGGAGUGAUGGUGCAGAUCACAGCAGAAACCAUGGAGGCUCUGCGUCAGGCUCUGAGGGAGAUGAAGGACUUCAGCAUCGUCUGUGGAAAAGCUGACCAGGAGGAGAACCAGGAGAACGUCCACAUCCAGUGGAUAGAGGACGACUUAAACUUCAACAAGGGAGUCAUCAGCCCCAUUGAUGGGAAAUCUAUGGAGUCCAUAACUAGUGUUAAAAUCUUCCAUGGCUCGGAGUACAAGGCCAACGGGAAGGUCAUCCGCUGGACAGAGGUGUUUUUUCUCCAGAGUGAUGACCAGCCCAACGGUCUGAGUGACCCAGCCGACCACAGCCGCCUCACUGAGAACGUGGCGAGGGCGUUCUGUAUGGCCCUCUGUCCUCACCUCAAGUUACUGAAGGAGGACGGCAUGGCCAAGCUGGGACUGAGGGUCACGCUGGACUCGGAUCAGGUGGGCUACCUGGCAGGCAGUAACGGUCAGCCACUGCUCCCUCAGUAUUUGAGUGAUUUGGACAGUGCACUGAUCCCGGUCAUCCACAGCGGAGCCUGCCAGCUCAGUGAGGGUCCAGUGGUCAUGGAGCUCAUCUUCUACAUCCUGGAGAUCAUCUCUUAAGAGCAGGUUAUCCGUCCUGUCUCUCCUCGCCUGCCCUCGCCUUUCUCUCUCUCUCUCUCUCUCUCUCUCUCUCUCUCUCUCUCUCUCUCUCUCUCUCUCUCUCUCUCUCUCUCUCUCUCUCUCUCUCUCUCUCUCUCUCUCCCUCCCUCUCUCCCUCUCUCUCUCUCCCUCUCUCCCUCUCUCUCUCUCUCAUUUGCACUUCAAAGAGCCUGAAAGCUGUGCUGGGAGAUUAAACAGAAGCAGCAGCAUUUCUCCAGACCACCUAUGCACCAUCUCCUCCACAGUGCACCUCCAUCGGGGCCACGGCUGCAGCCCCUCAGAACGCGGUGCUGUUUCUUCUCCACUGUGGAAAAUCUGAGGUCAUGCUGGGCCGAAAAAAUUGGAGCAGAAGGAUUUUUCCAUCGUUCCAGAGCCUCGUUGUAGCAAGCAAAGGCUUACAGAGGUCACAGAGGUCAUGAUUCUGGGUCCAAAUGGGAACUUAGGGCUGCACAAUACAGGCAGAACGUAAGGUUUAGACUUCUGCAAUCGUGCGUCGCGCCCAUGUUAGGAGCUCCGGGUCUGAGCAGGUUUUGGAAAAUCGCUGCCGUCGAUCCCUGCGGUACAGUGACGGAGGAGACCCAACAAACCGCAAACGAAUAAUGACCUGCAAACUCAGAAAACACUCAGAAAAUUGACCGCACUGCAAAUACAGAAACACAUGCAGCUUCAGAAACGCUGAUGAGCCAUCACAACACAGAGGAGGGGUUCCAGGAGGACCCCAAGAGAUGACGAAGCCACUCGGACGUUUAUAUUCUGUGCAGCACAAACAUUCAGUUGAUUUGAUUUGAGCAGAUUAUCGCUGUGUGGUAAUGGAAUGACCUGUAGAGUCUAACUGCAAGCGUUUAGUACCACCAGAUUAAUGACCACAGAACAGCUGCGACACCUCUGAUGGCACACUAGCCAGCCAGGUUAACCAUCGGGAUGAGAGUCUGAGUGCCUGGUCUGAUCUGCUUCUGUCAGUGAUUUUCCAUCAUAGAUAUUCCCUCCACUUUGAGUCUUCCAGGAACAUUUCCGUGUUUUGACCGGCGUUGCGGCGUUUCUGAAGUUGCCCGUGUUCUUUGUUUGUGGUGCGUUUGGGACGUAGCUCUGAUGUCGUCAUGUUGAAGUGUUUUGUAUUUUGCAGCUCUUUUUAAUUUGCAGUUUGUUGGGUCUCAGCCUCCGCACUGCGUAAACCAGAAGGAUCCGAAGCUGAAGGGUUUUGCCACAUGGACAUCAGACUGACCUCACCAAAAUACCCCAAUAGCUCUGUCCUGGGUGGGUGUUGGAGGCGUGUGGCAGUUCUAGUUCUGGUGUUGGUCUGUAACAGCGCUGUAGACUCGCCUUCACGUGACCUUGUGUUCGCUUGUCUGCAGCAUGGAUGUAGUUAUUUAGAGUAUUUUGACUCCAAGUCAUUUUUGAAAAACGCCAUUCAUUUUCCGCUCAUAGACCAGCUCAGAAUUCCCAAAUUCCUAAUAUGAGCAUGACUGCAAAUACAAGAUGCUUCAGAGGUUCAGUUAAAGUGCUGCUUGUUGCGACUGCAAUACAUUAAAAUGACACUGGUGAAUUAAACGAUGUGACACAGAGACCGGCCUGCAUGAUUUUCACCAAAAUAAUUCAUAAACAUUCAUUAAAACACCCACAGAACUGUGGUCAGUAAAGCAUGUAAAGCCAGUUUGGCAGACCUAGAGAAAGCUUAAGUCUAGACUAAGAAGGAUUUCUCACACUUGGCAUUGCAGUUUAGUCCAACACUAGGCUUAAUCUGUGUGUGGACCUUACUGGCUCUACAGGUUUCUGCAUAUUUUAGUCUGAGAUGGAAACGGAAGUCCAGAGGGGUUUGGUGUGAAAUGGUUCAGACGUCUUUACAGUGGUGGUGAUGGGAACCAGGUGUCGCCAUGACUACAACACAGAUACAGACACUUUAUUUACCAUCCAGAACCACCAGAGA